UUGUUUUCUUCACGAAAAAGGAUGUUUUACGGCGCGGAUCGGUCAAUUUAUUUACAAGUUCAAUGUUAAAUUUAACUGUUAUCCUACUGAAAGUACUGCAAAACUUGAUGAUAAAAUUAGGCAGUUGUGAUCAACAGAAAUCAUGAAUAAAAGUCCUUGUCAUACUGAUCAGUAAGAGUGAUAUUGAAGGCUUGAACUAAUUGGAAGAGACAAGAGAGUAAAAAGGAACUCUAUAAGAUGCAGUCAAAUGAGGAUGCAGCCUCGAGUAGGAAAUCUGCCGCAGCAGCCCUGACCGAAAGACACCGUGGAGAAUGGAUGGGCGCAGGCGACCCUGAGAGUGCCUCUGUCUUCCACCAUAUUCGAAGCAGAACUAUCGGACAUGCGAAGCACCGGAGGAAGGUUAUCUGUAACCUGACCACCCGCAGACUUCCCCAUGUGCUCUCGGAGCGGGAGAUUCCUGUUGGCGAGAUCAAUAAGAUCUUUGCUUCGGAAUGGAUUUCAGAUCAUCAAGUAGUCGUUGGAACCAAGUGCAAUAGAUUGAUGGCGUUAGACUUGAACCUCAACCACCAAGUAUCCAUCCCGAUGCUCCGUAGUCUCCCAAGCAAAAAGCCAGAGACAUUACCAAUGAACAACAGUGGUAUCCACAGUAUAUCCAUCAACCCCAGCGGAACCCUCCUAGCGACAGGGGCGGACAACCCAAACAACAUAGGUGUAUACCGGUUACCCACGUUUGAUCCCGUCUGCGUAGGGCAGAAUUGCCACAAGGACUGGAUGUUCUCAGUUGUAUGGUUAGAUGACCAAUACUUAGUUGCAGGUUCGAGAGAUUCACAGCUUUCUGUCUGGUCUGUCAGUCAAGAACUGUGCGACCGGGUCCAAGACACCAACGAAAUAGCCACAGUGCCAUCCUACGAAUCCAUCUUCCCCAUCGCGUUACGGUCUAGUGAGAGAAAUGAGAAAGUAAGGGCCUUGGAAUACAGCCCGCAAACGAAGGAAUUAGCCUCAUUGUCGGCCAACGGUUUUAUCCACCUUUGGGACUUGAGAGGGUUCCGGAAAGUCCACAGCAGACGCUUGCCGUACUGCGAGGAGAAUGUCUGUAUAGCCCUAUCACAAGACCACUCUCUUUAUGCUGUUGGUUCCCAGUCUCAUGUCACCUUCCUAGACUCUCGGAAUGGGAGAUGUGUGGCUUCGGUUCACUCUAAGGAGAGGGGAAGCGGUGUGCGGUCAGUGAGCUUUAAGGAUGGAGUGCUGACAGUCGGUACUGGUCAAGGUGCUCUCAUGUUCUUUGAACUGAGAGCAGGUCAUUUCAUUGAGAAAGAUGUCGAUGGAAGGACCAUGCCUGUGAAGUUAUACACUGGAAAAGGAUAUCUGCAUCGAGAUUCCCUCUUCCAUCAGUUCUUCAGCGAGUCCAGCCAUCCGAAUGCUGUGUACACUCAUCGGUACGACAAGUCUGGGACUAGGCUCUUCGUAGCAGGCGGUCCAUUGCCAUCUGGUCUUUCUGGAAACUAUGCCGGUUUGUGGCAUUAGAGGGCUCCUGUCAACCACCGCCUUGUCGCAUCGAAGAAGAAAGGAGAAAAAACGAUUGAAUGCCUUCUGUGGUACCACACCAGUAGUCAAUAUCCUUGUGAUUGGACUUUACUAUGCCCUGGAACAUUGUAUGUCAUUGGGCAUUUUCUAGCGGAAGGUCUGAUUAGAAAGUGAGCGAUCUACUUCAUGUGCAGCUUUCUCAGUGUUGCAUAUAAUCUUGGUGGCAAGUUUUAUUUUGUUUUCAAUUGAUUUGAUUUCACUGGAGCUUUAUAGUAAUAUAUCCCAUUUAAAAUGCCUAUCAAUAUGCCUAUUUUUAUACCUGAUUGUAUUAUUUAUGUGUAUUUGCGUCAUGCAAGGACUCAGACACUUACAAGUAAAAAUUUGCUUGUGUACUACUUGAGUACAACUUGGAAUGUAAACAUCAAUAUCAGUAGCUGUACCCAGCUGAGCAGGGGAGAGUUUCAUGAAGCACCCUUGUCAGUGACUGUCACUGACUGAUUUGCUCCAAGCCAAGAUCAGAUGCAAGGAUUUCUCAGUGAAAUCACAGACCAUUUGUUUCAUGAAUGCUUCCCAGGAUGUCUUCAGCUUAAGUUGAGUGGACCCUGUGAGCAUAGAAAGUGUACAAAAUUAUGCUGAAACUAUUAUCAAAUUAUCAAACAACAAUGAUGAAAAAUACAACAAAUUACAUGUAAAAAAUAUCUUUCAGAGGCCAUUUUGUAGAAGCUUUUCGUAAGUCAAUAUGUACUGUCCACUGGUCUGAUUGGUUCGACAAAGCCCUAGUUUCAAUAGACUUACAGUAGCACUUAUCUCUACAAUUUAUUGUCUCCCCAAAUUCUUUGCUAUGCAUUGAAAGUGGAAAUUUAACAUUCUGUAGAGAAGUACAUUUAGAAGAUAUUCUACUUUCGUCAUCAGAAACCGACAGAAUUGUCAUGUCAAAACACAUGAUGGAUAGUGGUAUUCCACAGUCAUAACAACUAGUAGCCUGAAUUUUUUUAAGUUUUACAUGGAAAUUCUAUCGUAUGAUAUUGUGAAACAUAUAUGCAUUCAUAUUUAUUGUUUGUUCUUUGUUUCAAUUAUUUUUUUUUUCUCAUGUUCAUUGUUUUAUAUUUCUUGUUACUACUAUAUAUUUAUCAACUUGUAAUUAUAUCAAUAUAUUUAUACAUAUUUUGUUGUCAAUCAAAUUGCUUAUUUUAUUUCCUCAUUUUAUAUUUGAAAAAAGAAAUUCAUAAUUAGUUAUUGUUGCUAGUAUGAGACUGGUUAGGGUCUCAUGUUGCUUUUGACCUUGACAAAGACCUGGUUUACAAAGUGGCUCUAUGUAAGUGCUUAUAAGGACCUCGUACUAAUCCACACUAGCUCCUAUAUACAAUUUAAUCUUUACUUAUCAUAUUCGCAAACUUGGAUGCAUUAGACAAGGCUCCACACUAACUUUUUUCUUGGUGGCCCGAUCGGUCAACCAGAAUCAUCAAUUUCAUAUUUUUGGUGGCUCUUAAAGCAAACUUACGUAAGUGGCCCUAAAACAAUAGAAAACUUUAAAAUUUGUCAAAACUUUGGUAGCCCAAUCGGGCCACCAAGUGUUGGCUUUUACAGAAUUUGGUGGCCUGACUCUCUUUUUUAGUUGCCCUGGGCCACUGCUAAUGUCGAGCCGUGCAUUUGAUGUCAAAACCUACAUGUAAGUGGGAUCAUUGUAUGAAUGCUUGCGCUGUUUCAACAUUGAUCUGUGAAAUGAUCUUUUCAUUUAAAAAAAAAAUCAUAUCAUACACAACAAAUUUGGGAACGGGGAAAGCUGCAUUGCAAAGACUCGUAAGGCCUGAAUUCGCAAAGGUGGUUUUUAAAACUGUCAGUUGAACCCAGGGUUUAUGAAUGCAGUACGCCAAAUUGACGCCUGUUGUCAUGGUUAUCCAUGCUUUUUUAUUCACUGUUUUGAAUUAAUGAGUCCAAUCUUGAAAACAAUGGACUCAUGAAUAAAGUUGCGUGCUUAACGAUGGCAGCAGGCGUCAAUUUGGCGCACUGUGACUGACAAAAGUGCAUCAGCAUUGGCCAUUAAAUUAAGCUUGAUUCAUAAAGGAAAUCUGCAUAAACCGUGGGUCAGACAGAUUGUUUUCAAAACUACCUUUCUGAAUUCAGCCCUAACAGAUUUAUAGUUGGGAUUCCUGCCAAAUGAUGUCGCACAGGCUUCUGACAAGUUACCCAAGUCUGCCUUUUAAUCUCUUUAUGCCAAUAUGGUGACUUUAACUGAACUUGAAUUCUUGUAGCUCUGCAAUUCUUUAUUUCCAUAAAUGACAGGGUAGUGCUGAAGAGGGGAUGCCAAAAGUAUUGUGAAAAUCUUGAGAAUAUCAAUACUAAUUGGUGUAUAGCAGGUAGGGUGAAUCCUAAUACUCUUUCAUGAAUUCACUUCCAAAUGGUCCGGACUGUGUCUGGAUCAGAAUAGUUUAGACUCUGAUAAAAAUUGUGUUCAGAAGGAGCUCUAUUUUCAUGAGUGCAGCAAGGACACAGUCCGGUUUAUCAUCCUGGUAACCACAUAAAGCGCACAGAGUUUGUGCACACAGGGCAGUGCCAUGGUGUUUACACCUUUUUUGAUGUAUUGUCUGCCUUCCAUCGUCAUUCAAUUGUUGAGGUGCCUAAAUGUUUUCUGUACUUGCCCAGUAAAUAUAUUCUGCAUGAUCAGUGCGGUAUCACACAGUCUUUUUAUCUACAUGAAUUCUAUGAAUUCGACUCCGCAUUGAAAGAUGUGUCACUGUCUGCAGUUGUGCAUUUAAAGUAUGCUGCUUGCUUUGUAAAUUGCAACUUUGGGGAAUACAGUGUAUAUCCCCAAAUAUCCCAAAUGUUUCCAAAUAUGCAAUGCAGUUGAAAGUGUUUCAAUUGAAGAAAAUUGUGUACGAUGCUUUGUUCAAAUAUCAAGGCAUACUCAGUGAACAUCUAAAGCAGUACUUGUGAGCAGUAUGUGUUUAUACUCUGAUAUUAAGACAAUUAUAGAUUUCUUUAUGUCAGACUACGAUUGGUAAAUGCGCAUGUAGGCUUCUGAUAGCAAGUUUUGUGGCAGGUGAUGACUCUUAACUUUGUGAUAUGCAUGUUACUACGUUUAGGAAUUAGUUAGGACAUACGCUGUGUACAUUUAUCUUAUCUUGCAUUGGAAGAAGACAAUUGUUCAUGGAGUGUUGCCUUACAAUGUUACCUUGGGUUAAAACUUUGCAGUAAUUGUCUACAAUUCUACAUGCCAUUGUAAAUCACUUUGGUUUAUUGGUGAAUGUAAGUGUGAACACUUUACAAGCUGCCUCCAUGUGUAAAAUUGAUCUGCACUGGAUGUAGCUCAUUUAACUAUGGUUCAACUAGAAUGCUUGAAUGCUAGAAGGAGGUCCCUGGCAAGAGGAUUAAAGUCAACUUAAAAAUAUUUGAUUGUUGUAUAGGGAAUGGGGCAGAUUACUGUAUUCAACAUUGUAAAACCAUUUUCAUUGGAAAACUGCUCUUGCAUGUUUGUUUCAAAGCCCUUCUGUAUGCAUAUCAAAUAUGGCAAAAUUGUGAACCACAAUGCAUUUUAUGCACUUUCUAUCCAAGGCCGUUGCCUGUAGGGUUCAAAACCCCAAUUGGCACUGUCAUCCUUGAGCAAGCUAUUCAUGCCACUUAUGUAAAGUGGUACAUGUACUUGCCUCAAAUUAUGAUAAUAGAAAGUAUAUAAAUAUAUAGCAUAUAUCCAUGUACUAUUAUAUUUUUUUUCUAGUCUAUAUGUAGCAAUUUUAAACAAAGUAAAGGCACAAGACAUACAUGUACAUGUAUCUUCAAAUGAACAAAAUGUUGAAGUGAUAUUGAAUGAAAAGGUUACUAAAAUGAAUAAUCUUGUGCCUAUCAUGGUGAAGGAAGAUGUGCAUGUAAAUUAAACUGGAAAAUCAAUAAUUUGUGAUAUAAUUUAUAAAACUUCUAUUUUCAUUGUAUAACUUCUAAUAUUCAAAUAUGUAUCUAUCUGAUGGUGAAAAUAACACAAAAUGUGUGGAAUUUUAAAGCUGACUUUCUAGUGAACAUGUGACUAGUAAAACAAUUUUUCAGUGGAGCUGUGGAUUUGUUCAUAAAAUGAAAUACUAGUAACGUAUUUACUUUCACUUGUUUGUGAGUAUAAUGUAUUUUAGUAGUCUUGAGUGAUAGAAAAUCAUGUAUUAGAAACUUGACCUGACUUCUAGUGAACCAUAUUGGAUUUUGGGCUUUAAUAUGCCAAAAAUGAAAAAUUUUACUUCUUUUUAAUUCAAGACUUACCGUAAACCAUCACAAUGGAUAUUUUUGCACUUUAAUUUCUUUAAUGGGGAGAAAAUGACAUUUUAAAGUGCUCAUGAACCAUUUGUAAAUCAUUUGCCGCCGAUGUUAGAAAGCAAACCAAUCAGAUGUUUCUAACUGAUUAAAUCUUAGUGCUUAGUACUGUUGUAAUGAAUUCACACAUGCCAACUACCUGAGUUGAAAAUGUGGUAUUUAUUCUGUGAGGAACACGU